AUGAAGCUUUGUCAAAGUGCGGAGGCAAACUCGAUGGACGAAAAUCAUGCUCCUGCUCAAUCGCCGUCAUUAGAACGCAAAAAAAUGAUUGAUGAAUUGGCGAGCAUGGUUUAUUAUAAGUCCAAGGCAUUAAUCGAGUGUCAGAAGCUUGCCGAAUAUGGUACCGAGUUAAUUAAGAGGAAAAAAGCAACGAAAACUCGACUGAGAAGAGUGAUCGGAAAGCAAAUACAAGACGAUAAAUAUGACAACGUGGCCUUGAUAAUCGCCAAAAAGCGUGAGAUUCAAAAACGCCUGAAUACUCUGACAGAGAUGAUCAAACACUGUGGUGAAGAAAUCCAUACCAAGCAAAUAAAAUGCGAGAAUGAUUAUCCGAGGGAAAAAAUGCAGAGUAUUUUUAGAAAUAUUCGUGGGAUGGAAUUGGAAAAUACCGGAACACCAACGGAUUUUUCACUUCAAACAGAUGUCAGUACUGAACCCUCGAAUGUUGAAAAACCAAACGAGAAGAUUAAACAGGAAAAGUCUAAUUUGGAACAGCUGGAGGAUUUGCUGAAGGAAGCGAAAGAGCGAGAAGACCGAACACUCUUUCUUCACCGAUGUAUCAUAGAAAGCGAUCUAUCUUAUACUCGUCAAGCCUUUGAACUGAUGCUUAAUAACAGCCGUUUAUUGCACAUUUGUCUUCUGGGAUUUGAGAUGGUACGAGAUUUGCUCAUGCCAAAUAACGACGUUAAGGAUCUCGCAGACUGCCAGAAGGACACCAAGCAAGACGUUGAUGAAUAUGGUGAGAGUGCAAAAUUUAACGGGCCUAAGAGCAAAACCGAUGAAAUGGAAUAG